AUGUUGCAACCAGAUUCCUGUGCGUGUGGGAUGAACAAUUUACAAUUGUUCCAAGUCCCCCCGACUAAUAUUGCUUUAGAAGACUCCAAAUGGGAAGAAUAUUACCCCAUUUCUAGUACUUUAGAUUCGGAUACGGCUCCCAUUGAAUUUGAAAUUAAAGGACAAGGAGAUCAAUAUCUGGAUUUAUCUCAAACGUAUGUUCAAAUGGUGUGUAAAUUUACCAAAGACGAUGGUACUAAUCUGACUGGGGCUGGCACUACUUGCGCCCCGGUGAAUAAUAUCUUACAUUCCUUGUUUACGGAAAUCGAUCUCAAUGUCAAUGGGAAAAUAGUGACUCCAGGAACCGAUACUUAUCCUUACAAAGCUUAUCUGGAGAAAUUACUUUCUUACAAACCCAGAACUUUAAUGACACAGAUGAGAGCUUGUAGUCUGUGGGAAAAAGAUACGGCAGGACACAUGGAGGAAGUGGGGGUAGCACACCUUGGAGUGACUCAAAAUAAGACAUUUGAUGUAAAAAAGGGUGUAAGUGGUGAUACUGUGGUCAUUGACGAACCUAUCGUCCCAGAGUUACCGGCCAAUUCUAAAAACGAAGGAUUUAGAAAACGUCACCAGGCCAUCAAUGAUAGUAAGAAAAUAGCCUUGUUUGAUCGUUUACAUCUGGAUUUAUUUCAACAAGACCGAUUUCUACCCAAUGGAGUAGACGUCCGUUUGAGAUUUAAUCGAGCUAGACCUCAGUUCUAUAUGAUGAUCAAAGCAGGAAGUACGGGAAAAAUGAAAAUAUUGAACAUGGUCUUGUGGGUGAGAAAAGUCAAACCCACGGCCGUCAUGAUGAAUGGCAUUAAUCAAAGUUUGAACACUCAUAGAGCUAAAUAUCCAUUGAGAAGAGUGGAAGUGAAAACCUUUACCAUACUGAUAGGAACUCAAUCUAAGAUUACGGAUCAUCUGUUUCAAGGCCAGAUGCCUAAACGUCUCAUUUUAGGCUUUGUGGAGAAUGCGGCUUUUAACGGAGAUAAAACUAAAAAUCCGUUUCAUUUUCAAAACUUUGGGAUUAAGAAAUUAGAUGUCAGUAUCAAUGGAGAGACCAGAGACAAAUCUCAAAUCAGUGUCUUGAGUCGACAGUUAGCCUUACCACAUUUGAUGUCGGCCUAUCAAGAAGCCACCAGUGUUCCUCACGGGUAUCUCCUGGUUGACUUGAAUCCACAGACCCCAGACGAAAACAGAUUGAGAAGUCGAUUGUUUGAAUUGUUGACUAUACACAUGCCACAAGAGUAUAAAUAA